UUGAAGCAUGGCCACCCACCAGAAUCGACCUGCAGUAGGGCGCUACUCGCGCCGUUGGCCCAGUCCAGCACGUGGGGAAAUUUCUUACACCUUGCAGCGAAAUUGUUACAGAUGAACCUACUAUUACCUUUCACUAUAAAACCCUUGAACAGUCAGUUCAAUACCAUCAGUUGUUUCACACUCAUCAAUCCAGUAAGUUCGUGGUCCUUCGGUAGGUUUUCACCAGAAACGGUUCCAAUAUGGUCAAGUUAUCCAGUGCUAUUUUGUUGGUGCUAAGUGUGGCCGCAGUCCACGCUACACGCCUUGGACUCGGACACGGUGGAAAGCACAAGGGAGUGGGUUCCCUUGCAACGCUGGGACUUGGAUACGGUUUGGGACAUGCAUUUGACCAUGGGUUGUAUGGAAAUCAUCCUACUGGAUUGUACUACGCUCCAUCAUACGCUGUUGGGCAUGGUCAUCAUCAUGGCUAUUACCAAGGGCAUCCAAAUCAUUACCAGUAUGGAUCUCCGAAACACGGAUUCCAUCUCGGAUACGAAAUCGGUUAUCAGGGCAAGCUUGGCUUCGUCAAGCUAAAGCGCGACAACCUCCGUCAGGUGCAGUUCUCCUUCGGUCUGGGCAAGCCAAGCCAGCACCACAAAGCUUAAGGCUUUGAAGUCACGAAACCAAGCGCAGAAUCCUACUCCCCCAUUCAGCACAAUUUCACACGACGGAAAACAAUGUCUUUCCAUCCAAAAUGGUUCGCAAAAACGAAAACCAAAAUGCAUGAA